AAAGGCGAGCUGGCUUCUGACAAUCAGUAUAAAACUGGUGCAUUCAGAUGCUCUUAACUAGUCCUCUGUCUCCAGGCUGCUAGUUUCUUCUCUCUCAUCAGGAAGAACCAUCAAAAGAAGCUAACUCAAGGAAGUCCAUAGAAGCAAGUUUUGUGUUUCAAAAUGUCUGGACCCACCUCCGGUGACUCAAACAGCAGGAGCCCAUUGCCUUCCCACGUUGGUCGGAGAAUCACCCCUUCCAGUAUCUCCAAUGCUGAAGAGAAUGAGGUUAACGACUUUGAGUACUUUGGACUCAGACCAAGAGGACAACCCAACCUGGAAGCAUUUCUGGAGAUCUGGAGCGUUGAUGUUCACCCAAAUCCAGAUGACAUUAACAGGAGGCAGCAUCAUACAGCGCUCUACGAUUGCAGCAACCUUAUUGUGAGACGUGGUCAGCCUUUCCAAGUCACCAUCACUGUCAACCGAGCAAUCGAUUUGGAAAAAGACAGGCUGUGGAUUGAGUUUUUGAUUGGCAGGUAUCCGGAUCGCACCAAAGGAACUUACAUUCCAAUUCUUAUCAAAGAACAACUGGAGAAAGGCCAAUGGGGAGCCAAAGUGGUGUCAAUCUGGAACAACGCGCUUACUCUCUCGGUCAUGUCAUCUCCACAGUGCAUAGUGGGACGUUUCAGAAUGUAUGUAGCUGUGAUGACUCCGUAUGGGAUCCGCAGAACUGUGAGAGAUAAAGAUACAGAUAUUUACAUUCUCUUCAACCCUUGGUGUGAAGAGGAUGCUGUUUAUUUGGAUAAUGAUGCAGAAAAAGAAGAAUACGUUUUAAAUGACAUUGGCUGCAUUUACUAUGGGAAGUUCACAGAAGUGGUCUCCAGAACUUGGUUUUUUGACCAGUUUGAAAGAAAGAUAUUGGACACGUGCAUUUACAUACUGGACAGGGCACAGAUGCCCUUGCAGACAAGAGGAUGUCCAGUCAAAAUCUCUCGAGUUGUAUCUGCAAUGAUAAAUUCAAAAGAUGAUGGUGGUGUCCUUGUUGGAUGCUGGGAUGGGGAGUACACAAAUGGAAUAUCCCCCACAGCCUGGAAUAGCAGCAGAGAAAUUUUACAGCAGUAUGCCGAGACAGGGCUGCCAGUUUGUUAUGGACAAUGCUGGGUCUUUGCUGCUGUACUGAACACAGUUCUUCGCUGCUUGGGGAUACCAGGAAGAGUGAUAACAAACUUCUCCUCAGCACAUGACAAUGAUGCUAAUUUAACCACUGAUAUCAUUCUUGAUGAAAAUGGAAAGAAAGAUACAAACUUGACUAAGGAUUCAAUCUGGAACUACCACUGCUGGAAUGAAUGUUGGAUGGCCAGAAUUGAUCUACCACCAGAAUAUAGUGGAUGGCAAGUUAUAGAUGCAACACCUCAGGAAACAAGUGAAGGCAUGUUUAGGUGUGGACCAGCUUCUGUUAAUGCCAUAAAGCAUGGACAGGUUUACUUGCCAUACGAUGUUCCUUUCAUUUACGCGGAGGUGAACAGUGACAUAGUCUACUGGACCAAACAGAAGGAUGGCUCCCUAAUAAAGGGCGAUGUGAAGACCGAUGAAAUUGGAAAAUUAGUUCUAACCAAGGAGAUUGGAUCUGACAGCAGGAAAGACAUCACCAAUCAAUACAAAUACGAAGAGGGCAGUCCAGAGGAGAGGAUGGCACUGAACACAGCAAUACAAUAUGGGCUGAAGAAGGAACAAGCUGUAACUGAGGUCACAAUGGAUGUAUCUUUAAACAUGCAUGUUCCUGAGAAUGUCCUCCUUGGUACCAACUUCUUUGUUGGUAUAGAGCUCCAAAACAACAGCAAUGAAAAACGCAGUACGACUGUUUUUCUGAGCGGCACCGUGGUGUUCUACACUGGAGUUCCAAAAAUUGAAUUUAUGCGGGAGACCAUUAAAGUCACUGUGGAACCUCAUCAAGUUCAUCAGGCACAAGUGAAGAUCAAGUCAAAGGAUUAUGUCGAUCACCUUGUUGAACAGUCCAUCCUGCACUUUUUCAUCAGUGGCCGGGUCAAUGAAACAGGGCAGACCCUUGCUGUUCAGAAGACUGUAACCCUGCAGAUUCCAAAGCUGAACAUGAGAGUUGAAGGCCCAGUGAUGCUUGGCCAUGAGGUAACCCUUGUGAUUGAAUUUACAAACCCUCUCAGAAAGCCUCUCGAACAUCUGAUUCUUCGCAUUGAUGGACUUGAUACACAGAAGGCAAAGUUAAAGAUGUUCAGUAUCCUCCAAGACAAUGCCACCUUAACAACAAAGGAAGUGUUUGUGCCCAAGAAACGGGGUCAGCGCAAAGUGAUAGCGAGCCUGGACAGCGGUGUAUUGAAGCAGGUCAUCGGAGAAUUAGAACUAAAUGUUACAUAGGAAAUAUAAAUGGAGCAAACAAAGAAUCUUCUUCUAAUGUGCCUUAAAGGGAGUUUUCUGAAGAUGUAAUCUGGAGUGUGUAUUAAUUGAAAAAUUUAAAAGGGAAUUCUAACGUAUUCAUCUUCUGUUUUUGAGCUUGUUUCCAGUGCUUUCUGUAUCAAUUUUUAUUCACUUUAGCCAAUAUCAAAUUGAUGACAGCACUUAAGAAUUUAUCCUUGUUACAUUUUAUCCAACCGUGCUCUAACAUUUUUCAAACUCUGUGGUGCUUAUGUUAUUGUGUACUGGAUAUAUAUAAACCAGAACAGGGAUUAUAUCAAUAGGGCGUUACUUCUUUUCACCUAUGGCUAUACAUAAUGUGUCACAGAAAGCUUAGAUCAAAAGGUACAUGCAGAUAUAGCCCUGCAUCUUGUAACUUUAUUGGGUAUCUGAAAGAAAGGGAUGUUUGCAUUCAGUUACUUUCUCAACUAUUUUCCUGUGUCCUCUCUGGAUCCAUUCUGAGUAUGGGAUGCACAAGUGCCAGAGAGUAUAUUUUUCACCCAAGUUGAUGUUUUUCAUGCAUCAGCCCGUCUGGUGUUUACCAGCGAGCUGUUCACCCUCAAGGGGAAUCACAUUUGGACGCAAUCUUCUCCAUCUCUCGUUCCCACCCCCAAGCAAUUAUUUGCAUUGACUUCUUUCCUCUGCAGUUGAGGGUGGUUGACAGGUUGACAAUCUGACAGGGAAUGGGAGAGUGGUGGCAUGGGGACUUGGGAAGCUGCAGUGUGUACCUGGAAGCUACAGAAUCUUACACCUUUUGGCUGUCUCCAAGCAGCGAUCUGCUCCCUUUUUACUUUCAAAAGUAUUCAGAUCAUGCUUUUUUUUCUUAAUGUAAGUGCUAAUUGCCAUUACAAACUUUGCUUUUCUUUAACUGCAGUGAAAAGCACAAUAUUGGAUAUUUCCAUAUUGCUUUACAUACUUUUGUAGCCAGUAAGAAAUAGAUAAAAAUGUAUGAGCGAGUAGUUUUACGUUUAUGUCACGUAUCUGCAUCAAUAUAGGACCAGAAUCAAAGUUUAUCAAAGACGAGAGAAGUUGUACAGCGGGGGCCUCCGAAACUUUGACAGUUUUGUAUGGAAUAUGUCUGUACUUGUUCUUUACCAGGAAAUUGCCUCAUUCUCUCCCUGCACAGAGCAUCCUACACAUGGUUAAGAGAUUCAUCCUGUCCUCCCUCCACACUUGUUGACUCCAUACCCUGGCAACUGACACUUUAGAGAUUGUGGUUACACAUGCCUGGGCUUAUAAGUGUCCCAGAACAAAGGCCAUGUUGCAAAAGGCAGUACCACUCAGGGGUACUUGCAAUGACUUGUUGGACCUAUCUCCUUUGCAGUUGAGGGCCAUUGCAAUACUCAGGCUGACAGAGUUUCAUGUUAUCAUAGUAUGAGAGUACUGCUAUCCCCUAGCCCUCCAAGUCUAACCCUACCACCGUUUAGCAAUACACUAAUCCAAAAAUCUGGUUUGAGAGACUGUCAGCCACAUAUCACUCAGAAUAGAAGAUGUGAUUCACCCUGGAGAAGACUGAAUGUUCUGAGUCUCCUACCUGAAUGUCAGGAGCAACGCUGUUAUAAACAUCACAACAAAAUAUGCCAAUAUGCUUCAGUGCCAGGGACCUGGAUUCGAUUCCAACCUCUGGCGACUGUCUAUGUGGAGUUUACAAGUUCCAUUCAUUUCUGUGUGGAUUUCCUCAGGAUGCUCUGGUUUCCUCCCGUAGUCCAACUUGCAAGUUAGGGGGAUUGGCCGUGCUAAAUUGCCCAUAGUGUCCAUGGAUGUGUAGGUUAGGUGGGCUAGCCAUGGGAAAUACAAGGUUACAGGAAUCGGGUGGGUCAGGAUAGGAUGCUCAUCAGAAGGUCAGUGUGGAUGUGAUGGGCUGAAUGGCCUGCUUCCAUAUUCUGUGAAGUAGUGUGACAAGCUAAUGUAAGAGGGAAGAUGGCAUUACAUUUGCAUCUCCAUGAGCGGAUGCAAAAGGCUUGGAAUUCUCUACUUCCUGUGGAGCCCUGUGGAAGUUGGGACAUUGAGUAUCUUCAAGGCAGGAUCAGCUAAUGAUGUCAAGGAAUAUGGGGAUAGCAUGGGAAAAUGACAUCGAAGUUCAUGAUCAAUCAUGACUAAGAAUGGCAGAACAGAAUCAAGGGAUUUAAUAGCCUCCCCCGAUCCUGGGUUUCAUCUGAUACUGCAAGAACAUUGAUCCACAUUAGUGGCAUUCCAAGAUUGAAAGGUUUCUAUCCAGUUACUACCAAUAACUUAUCCAGUGAUAACAAGCUGAUUUUUAAAGCAGCAUUUGCUAUGCUAAAUAUACUAAGCCACUUGAUUGAAGCAUUUCUGAAACAAAAUUUGACACUGAGUCACAUAGACAUUAGGGAAACAAAUAGAAGUCGGCUUUAAGAGCAUAGGAAAGAGGAAUAUCAUAUAAUCCCUACAGUCUGGAAACACUUCGUUCGGCCCAACAAAUCCAUGCUGACCCUCUGAAGAGUAUCCCACCCAGACCCAUUCCCUUAUUACUCUACAUUUACCCCAAACGUAUGCACCAAAUCUACACAUCCCUGAACACUAUGGGCAAGUUAGCAUGGCCAAUUCACCUAACCUGCACAUCUUAGGAAACCUACGCAGAUAUGGGAAGAAUGUGCAAACUCCACACAGACAGUCACCAGAGGCUAGAAUCAAUCUUGGGUCCCUGCUGCUGUGAGUGAUCACCACUGAGCCACCACGUCAGUCAGAAUUGUGUUACUCUGCUACAUUCGUAUUUAUAUUUGGAGGCUCCGUUUUUAAUCCAUUUAAGUGGAAUCUGGAUUGGAAGUCAAUAUGUCAGUCGACAGUGCGGCCUGCACAGCAGAGCUGCAUAAAAAUUUACCGCAAAGUCUUUUUUCAAGGAGGUCACAAAUAACACAUUGCAGAGGAAGCAGGUCUUCAGGAAUAUAGAGUGGAAAAGUGUGACGCUGGAAAGGCACAAUAGCCGAGGAGCAGGAGACCAACGUUUCAGGCAUAAGCUCAUCAUCAGUCCUGAUGCUGCGUGUCCUGCUGUGCUUUUCCAACACCACGCUUUUAGACUUUGACUCUCCAGCAUCUGCAAUCCUCACUUUCACCUCUUCAGGAAUACAAACUGUCAGCAGCUCCACCUCUUAGGAACACUGAUUGAGGGAUCCUGAAGGGCAUUUCCAGUGGGUUAACUUCACCUUGAUGUAUGUCAUUGUAACAUCAUAAUGUGCCAUGAAUUCUGUUAUGAGGAGCUUUACUCUUGAUUUCUUUUGUAUCACACACGUGCUUAUAAUGUGCACUAUCAAUAUUCCAAGCUGAUUGCUAAUAAAAUUAACUUUUCUGUAA